CGGAAAGGCGCUAGUGCUUCUCUCGCGCAUUUAGUGCUACGCUAGAGAUCGCGGCCACCGCUGUUUGCCACCGACACCUGAGUGAUUCCUACGAGGCCCAACGAAAGGAACCUGUUUUGCUACGUGUCGUAAUAAACAUGCCACAGUUCGAUGAAGCUGUCGUCCAUGCGGAUGAAGACACACCAGUCGGCGCACCAAUCCGCCAGUUGGCCGGAGAAUGGCCCCAGUUCAGAGUCGCGUGCGACAAGUGGAUGCACUGCCCCGACUAUGGAGCCCGUGCCCACGAAAUACUCUUCGUCACCGAACAGGUUCCAGACCUUUCUCAUCAAAGUAAGUGGAUAGAGGACGUUGUCAGAAUCAUCGGCAAUAAGAUAUCGACGGAUGAGGUCUCAGAAGAGGACGUCAUCGGCGUGAGUUUGACGGCGUGGGGACUCGAGGAGAAACAUCGAGUAGUAGUGAUGGGUAUGCGCCAAAAGAAGCUAAUAAGUUUGAGUGCCUUGAAGAGCACUUUUGAAGGAAUCAAGCGCGAUAGACCUACAUUUCUAUCCAACGGGCCGCUAGUCAUCAAAGUUAAGCACGUCAGGCUAAACACGCAACAACCGAUUUGGGACAUAAGAGAGUUCCGCCAACGUUGUUUGAAGAAGAAAUCUAUAAUUACAGCAGGCUCCACUCCGUUACAUGUUGAAAACUUGUCGCGUGCUCUUGCCCUCAGUAAAGCCUACUUACAGAGACGCAACUCAACGCGACUGAGCAAAAUAUACAAGAGACUUAAGGGAUCGAACAGUAUUCACCUGCAAGUGGAAGCCAUGGCGCUGCGCAGAAUGGCGGGAGCAAGUGUUGCAAACAUCGGUUUGGCCCUGCACCGAUUCGACCGGUACUACACCAACAAGUUUACGCUAACGGUGUUUCUGGGACUGGACGGAAAGAGCGUUCUCUACGAGAGCUGGGCACCACCGAAGCCUGGCAGGCCGUACAUGGACGUCGUCACAGAUGGCCGCGAUUUCCAUGUGGUCACGUCUAUCGGCGCAGCCUUUUCUUCUGGUCAGAAGCGCCUAUACUGCCGCCAUUGUCGAGUGCAUUACCGUUACGAGAGCGAACACCAGUGCUUAGAGUGCUGCAGUCAUUGCCGGAAAGUCGGAGUGUGCUUGCCUGGUCAACACAAACACUGCAACGCGUGCAAAAGGGAUUUCGUCAACGACAGCUGCUUCAAGAGACACCUGUACGUGAACCGAGCAGGGAAGAGCACAUGUGACUUGCUGCAAAUGUGUACACUCUGUCGGGAAGAGUACAGCGUCGAGGGAAGGGCCAGAGGGCACAUUUGCGAUAGGAGACAGUCUAACCAGGCCGUAGCCACUGUGGCUGUGAGGAGAAGUGCGCGACCUCGCUGUGUCGGAGGAUCUACUGGUAAUUCAGACAAUGCGAAGAGGCCCCGUCUGGAUGUCGACUCGCCAGUUCUUGCAGCUGCAAAAAACAUAGCACUCUUCAUCGCGUCUACAUCGCGUGAACCUGCAGAUGAACGUAACACUUUCGGUUCAGAGACAGCUGACAUGCCAGAAAAGUACACUUCUCGUCCAGCUACAAAAUCACCUGCUAUACCAACAGUUGCCCAAGCACGCGGCAGCCCUCUGUGUACGGAGAGAUCGGUGGGCUCUGCACAGAAUCCCUCUGCUGGUCCAUCGCCUGGAGCUGGGAAUCUGCCGCCUGGAAGGGAAGCAGUGCGAGGUGGACGUCAGACUGGAGGCAGUGGAGCGGCGGCCGACCUGCCAAAGGAAGCCGGGCCAACUCCUCCACAUCCUGUUCGAGCACUCCAUUACACAGACGAAAGAAAGGUGGUUGUUUAUUAUUAAGCUGACUGUAAGUGCUGGCACUUUAGUAACUCCAACGGAACAUCCCGUACGAAUUAUGAUGUUGCCAGCAGUGAAUUACUAAUUGUCUUUUAUCAUAACUGUGGUCGAUUACCCAAUCAUUUAAGUUUCUACAUAUAAUGCUUAUGUUCUUCGUCAUCCAGGGACUUUAAAUUUACUGUGCCCACCGUGAUGCCCGUAAAUACAAAUCAAUUACAAGAACUUUAAACUUUAGGAUUUCAUAUCUGUGCUUCAUCUCUAUAAACUAAACUAGUGUUUUCUACGUAAAUUCUUAUAGUUUAGGUUACUUAUGUACGAAAAUUCUUCAUGUGUCACAACCUCGUUGUCGACGGGACGCUAAACAUUAACGUCCCUCCAGCCUUUAUUAGAAUUUUUUAAGCUUGAUGGCUAAUGUACGUCAUAACAGUUAUAUUUAGUACAUGAUUUUUGAAACUUUCUUUUGUAUUAGUUUUUGGCUGUGUGUGUGUGCGUGUGUGGGUGUGUUUAUGUCUGCUUGAGGGCGCAAUAAUAUGUGGGCAGUUAUUCCAUCAGACUGUGGAAUAAGCUUAACUUUUAUCAUAGUUAACCUAUAUGUGGGAAUAAACAGAGGUAGUGGGAUAUACAUUAUUUUAUGCAUCUUAGGUAUGGAUUUACGCUGCAAGAAUAAAGUAUUUCCAGCAUAAAUACAUUGUUUGGAACUACAGACAGAAAAUUGACGGAAGUCUUGCUGGUAACGGAAUACUUCUGUUUGUGUAUUUGAUUAUUACAUUUGCGGUGUCAUUAAGAUUUGUUCCUUUUGUGCCAAAUACGAAAUUAAAUGCCGUUCAGGAAAAUAAAAUGCUUUUG